UGGUGUCUUGCAUGAUCACCUGAAAUGUCAAACUGUUCACAGGAAAUUUAUCGAUUAGCCACGUCUUGUUAAUGUAACAGGGAUCGUUGAUUUAGGAAAAAUAUUAGCCCUGACGUAAUCUAGAAAUUAUUCGGAGCUGGCACUUUGAACAACGAAGACAAAUAGAGAAACUUCUAGUUCAGACAGGAGAACCGUAACCUAUUACAAUGGACGAGUAUCUUGAUGAAUGUCCAGCGGUAAAUUUUGAAACGGCUGCACUAGAAAUCUUUGAUGUGGACACUGCCCAGAAGAACAGAGAAAAUGAAGAACACCUUUCGAACCAAGUUCCAUUAACAAAGGAAGUUUCUAAUGUUCCCUUCAAGCACAUAGAUAUUCACUCGUUUUUUUCUGAUAGAAAUGAAGUUGUGGAUAAGGCACUGAAAGACUGUGAAGACAAUCUGAUCAAUGAGGAGGAGAAGGACAUUGUUGGAAGCUGGCUUCUGACAGAGAUAAGUCUAUGGGAUGUUGAGAAAGAAAGACUGGUAAUACUUACAAAUAAAGCUAUUUAUUCAAUAAAGUAUGAUUUCAUCUCCUUGAAGAUAUUGGAAUACAAUCGAAUACCACUAUCACAAGUAGACACACUAGUCUCUGGUGAAUUGGUUUACCCAUCUUCAUCUCUAGCACCACGAUUGAGUGGAUUGGCAGAAGGUAUGUCAUCGAUAAUUCAUUGUGCAGUUCGUCAAGAGUGGUCUUCUCUUACCUCUUGUACAGGCCUUGCACAGUUUGAACCUAGGAAAAGGCAUAUGUCUGGGAUAAGGCUGAUGUGGAACAAGGGCAAUCCAUUGCCACUGACCAAGAAGUGGAAUCCAUUUGCAAAAGAUAUCCCAUGGCUUACUUAUGCUAGUCAUCCACUAUUUUGGUAUAAAGGGUCAGAAGUAGAGAAGGCAAAGUUUAACGUCGAGGGUUUACAGUCAUCGAUUAAUAAUCUGCUGCCAUGGGAAUGUAGCGUAAAAAGUGGACUUAUUAUUAUAGAAAAUUAUUUCGGUGUAGGUGCCUUGGUACACAAUAGAAAUGGACUAGGUUUCUUUAAGAUUCGUGGUAAAGUCAGUUUCUAGAGACCUGGCUCAAU